AUGGCAGAGAAAUCUCUGCUAUUCCGAGGUGGCUUGGAUGUUACGAGAGGCCAGACAGGAACAGAGUCUGUCUACACCAAUUUCCGGGGCAAGGAGAUCAUGUUCCAUGUCUCUACAAAGCUACCCUUCACAGAGGGAGAUGCCCAGCAGCUUCAGCAGAAGCGCCACAUUGGGAACGAUAUUGUGGCCAUUGUCUUCCAGGAUGAAAAUACUCCCUUUGUCCCUGACAUGAUUGCCUCCAAUUUCCUGCAUGCCUAUGUGGUAGUGCAGCUUCAUCACCAUGCCCUUGGGGAGACUCUCUACAAGUCCUUUGCCCUGCCUGGGAGAAACCCGUCGCGCAACCGGGGCAGCCGCUUCAAUGGGAGACGCAGUAGUGCCAUUGGCAUUGAGAACAUCCAAGAGGAGAAGAGUCAGAAAACCUACAGCAACGGCUUGAGUUCUGUGAAGUCCUUCCAACAAAAGCAGGUGCGAUUCCAGCAAGUUAUCCUUAAUCACGCUGAGAGCAAAGACGUUGCUGAAAGAAUACAGGAGGUACUGGAGAGUCCAGGACCCUUCUUUGACCUCAAGUCAGAUGGUUCCUCCAGUCCCAGUUCCCCAGAAUUCCUUAACAGGAAGUGCAAAAUCCCCUCCAGCCAGACAUCCGAAUAUUGUGUGAUGCAGCCCCUGUCCCACUCCUCAUCCAAUGUGAGGAGCUGUUGCAGAAGAGUGAGUGAAAAUGGAACGUCUGAGGAGGAGGAGAUUGAGGCGGUCCCCAGAAGCAGGACACGCUGGCUCAGAGUGCAUGGUUGGCCGAUAAUGUCUGUACACCCAGCAGUACCAGCUCACCAGUAACUCGUCUGCUCCCUUCCGGCAGCGGUGCAGGCUCCAUGGAGAAGGGGAAAGGUGGCAAAGUGGAUGCUCAGCGUUACAGCCCAGCCUCCAUUUUGUGCUGUGUGUGAUAUCAUCACUGGAGGGGUGUCUCAGUGCAUGCUGGGUAACGCACAGUUCAAGAGAAAUCUAUUCAACACAUUGAGAUUAUUGUUAUUCCUUCUUAUCCACCCUUCUACAUAAGAGGUUGAAGAAAAUGUCCGUUAAAAAAUGUUGUUAGUUUGUACAUUCGAUUACAAUUAAAAGCAACAUACCUAUCCGAGAGAGAGAGAGAGAGAGAGAGAGAGAUUUUCUCAAUCGAUGUUUGCUGGAGAAAAGUAUGUGGAUUUUGUCUAUAAAAAUAAAAGCUGUGCAUUGAAUAAAAAUUAAGCAAGUACCUGGAUUAUCUGUGCGUCUGAAAGAUUUAACAGAUUCCAUUCAGAUUGUCUGCUGCUUCAAACUGUCAUCAAGAUGCAAACAAAAUAUGGGAGUUCAGUCAAAGCAGAGUUGUCACA